AUUUGCCAGAGGCUGCUCGCCCCUCCAGGUCAGUGCUCCAGGCAGAACUGUGCGAGACCCAUCAGACGGCGGACCACAGGCAGAUCAGCUCCACCUGAGGGUCGCCCAGAUCCGGCACCUGCCUCUUGAUGUUGUUCCUGGAGCGGCUCCGCUUGGGUUCCCAGCGCCUCCAGCGGGGAGGAAAAGGGCGUCUCCAGGGUCGGGCCGGCAGAACUGAGGCCGUCACGCCCGCCCCGUGUACCAACGUCCUCACCCCAGACCGCAUCCCUGAGUUCUGCAUACCCCCGCGACUCGCGCCCUGCCCCUCCCUGGCUGCACUCCGGGACUCCUGCGUGAAAAACUCAGGGACGGACGACGGCGCAGGGCACACGGACUGGGACCCGCGCUCGCAGGCCGCUCUCUCUCUGCCUCACCUGCCCCGCGCGCGCACAGCCUACGGCUUCUGCGCACUGCUCGAGAGUCCUCACACCCGCCGCAAGGAGUCGCUCUUCCUCGGGGACCCUAGAGUCGCCGCGCUCCUGCGGCCGCCGUCCGUCCUGCCCACGCUCCGCCCACGGGUCCACACCUACGGCGACAGCGGAGGAGGAGACGCCCCCCUCCAGCCCUCUGGAAGAGCCCCAGCCACCACCCCUGCGGUCCCCGGCCGCUCCCGCCCAUCCCAGAAUAUGCUGGCUCCGCGUCCCCGCGACCACCGCCUCCUGCGCGCCUCUGAAAGGCUGCUGAGCCGCGCGCUGAGGGCCUCGAGGAGUCAUAGCCUGGCCUGCGCCCGCUCUCUGUCCAGCAGGGACGAGAACGAGGAGCGCGGCGCCGGCUCAGGGUCGCCGGCCCGGAUUCUCUCCUCCUCCCUUCCUUUGUGCACCAGCCCGCGGUCCGAGCUCCUGGAAGCAGAGAGCACUAUGCCUCUGGGUCGCGCCAGCGGCGCCCUGCGCCUGGCCGCCGAGUACAGUCAGGCCAGCGGGCGCCUCCGCCUCCGGCUGCUCCGCUCCGAGGGCCCGACCAGAGGAGCAGCCGAGCCCAGUGUCGUCGGCUGCCGCGUCAGCCUGAUCCUGCAGCCGCCCGGCAAGAGGCACCAGCGGCGCAGCGCCGUCUUGCGCCGGAGCCGCAAGACCGUCUCCGACCAGAACCUCUGUUUCGACGGACUCUCGAGUGACGAAGUGUGCCGCCUGGCCGUGCGCGUCAAGGCUGAGAACAAAAGCCGCGGCCAAGCGGGCCGCCUGCUGGGCCAGGACGAGUUGCUGCUGAGCUUCCACCCGUUGCCCUGUGGGCGCCCAGGCCUCAGGCCCUGCCCGCGGGGUGUUUUCUGCCCGCUGGGGACUCUUGGACACUGACAGCCGCUUUGUACAAAAUUAAUGUCAUUUAUUCUUCAGCUGAUGCCUUUAUGUCCAAUAUUGGUCGAGAUUAUACUGCAUUAAUUAUCACAGUAAAGGAUGUGAUAUUUUGUGUAGAUACAUUCAAAAUUCUUUUUAGCAAAUGGUAUGGUGUUCUGCAAUAGGGUUACCAAAUGCAGAUAGCUGAUUAUUUGCGUUUCAUUUGUUCCCUACAGUCAUAUUGGGAGAGACGUGAAGUAUUAAAACUAUAGGGUGCCUUGGCGAUCUGUUUGCUCCAAUCUUCUCACUUUGCCGCUUGCUCAUUCCACAACAUCCCUUGAAACCAUUUUAGAGGAUUUAUUAAUUUUAAAGCAUUAUUUAAGACCCUAGAUAAGACAAUGAAGCCAAGAGAGCUGAAGUGACUUGUCCCAGUUCAACAGAGAAUUAGUAGGAAUCCCAAGCUGAUACUCUCGGCAACAUCUUGUUGGAAAAGCACCGGAAGAACUAAAACCAUUUUCAUAUUCUAAGCUUAAAUAAUAUAAUAGUUUACAAGCAUUACCUUGUAAUUCUUAAAAGCCCCCUUAAGAGGUAGGCAUUGCGAUCUUGUUUUAGGAUGUGGAGGUUAAGGCUCAGAAUAAAGAGCAGUCAGAAUUUGCACCGGCUCAAUCAGUGUUAUACCGAUUACUCUCUGUAAGUAAUACCACAGUGUCUCAAGGGCUCACCCCACGAAUGUAUUUUAUAUCUAAAAUUGUGAACACCAAGGUUGGGGUCUCCUCACAUUCCUCAUCCUCUGGUGUAAAAGCAAAUCAAUUAAAUGAGUAAUUUAUCUUAUGAUAAUGACUUCAGGCACUGAGAUGAGCUGAGUCUAAGAUUCUGAAGAGAAAACUAAUUGGCCUCCAAAGAGAAAGGGGUGCCAGUCGUAUUGGCACCAUGUAUGCUAAUAUACCAGGGCAAGGAGUCA